AUGGCCCGCAUAGGCGACAAGAGAACGGUGCAAGUGAUCGGCAGGGGAAUGGGCUAUGUCUCGAAGUUGUUGCUGAUCCAUUUCGAUUGGACUUCCGUAGAGACAUUCACAAGGCAUCUACCCGAAUGUGCUGUCGUGAAGAUCACCAUUGAUCCGCCCGAGUUAAAACCCCCAACGACUCCUCCGUCUCCAAACGAUCCGAUGAUUCUUUUCGAACAAAUGAUGCACGACACUGAGCUUUUCUUUUAUGAAAACUCGAUAGAUCCGACAAAAAUCCCGGCCGAUCUAAAGAUUCCCAAAUUUUAUUGUGGUCGCAAGUACGGCGUCGAGGAAGUCGAUGCUGGCUAUAUCGCGCUAGAAUACAUAAGAAACACGGUGGAUCGUCAUUUCUAUCACAACAUUCCGCGAAAUGGUGUCAUCGAUGCACUUGAUGAGCUGGUGAAACUGGCCGUGUUUUCUGUGAAAAGCCCGGAUUCGCUCAAAAUCUGGCCAAAGAGCUGUCAUUCGUUGAUGAGCAACGUGCUUGCCUACUGUAAAUUCUAUGAUCCGAAUCUCGAGGAAAGAUUGCGACGUGUAAUGGAGAGAUUUCCCGAGCUUGUCCCCGAACUCGCCACCAUCAUCGAAUAUCUUCCACGCAACUUUUUGGACUUUCAAAAUUUCCUUCGCUUACAACGUUCAACAUGUACAAAACCAAUGCUUUGCCAGGGUGACAUUUGGUCGCCGAACAUUCUCUGGAUACGAGAUGAAAACGAUGAUUAUCGCGUUGGAGGGAUCAUCGAUUGGCAAAUUGCUCAAAUUGGCUCGCCUCUGGAAGAUCUUGUCUUCCUCUUCCACAGCUGCCUUUCCGCUGAUGAGUACGAGAAAAACACAAACAACUAUCUUGAGUAUUAUUUUGAGCAACUGCAAAAAUCAACAAAGUUUCACGAGCUGCCAUGGGGAAAUUUGGAUGAGCUGAUCAAAAGUUACGAGAUUGCCUACGCGUAUAUGAUUCCGGUUCUGCUUCCGUUGACGGUGCUCUUGGUGGAUUUUGAGAAAACUUGCUCAGAAAACGUCAUCGAGCAGUGCAUAGACACAUGGCGCACAAAGAGGGCGCCCACGGGACAACAAGUCACUCCACCCAUUUCAUCAAUAGCUUUCAUCGUAUCGGAUGGACAAGGCACACCGGGGAUAAAAGCUGAAAAUGACGUGAGACUA